AAAUUGUUUAAUAAAUUGGUUAAUAAAUUGAACCAGAAGAUGUUAAAUCUCUGAAAGCCCUGGGGGAAACAGGGAAUCCGAUGGAGAUCAUCUGGAUAUCAUCCCCCCAAGGCUGGUCCCCAAGUCGUCGCCUCCUCCUGGAGGAGGUGUCGGACCAUCCCCUGAAGCCGUCGACGAUUUUGACGGACUCGGGACGUCUGCGUCGAGGUCCUCUUCGCAGCACCAGCACCACCUCCUCGACAGGCACUCCCACCCCUACCCAUACACCCCUCUCCCUGAUGGAUCCCCUGUCGAACCCCUCCCUCGACGGCACUGACCCCCUCACCCAGUUCUCCAAGGAGGAGCUCGAUCCACUCUCACGAAUGGCUGCCGACGAGUGGGACUACUCCCCAACACUCGUUAAUCCGGGAAAAAAAAAUGAGGAUCACCUCCUGGAGCCGUGGAGUACCUGGAGGUCAUCAAUCCUGACGAAGUACACGACGUCGGAGAAACUCUCGAUCGUCACGUCGUUCCUCUCUGGAGGUGAGAAAAUUGUCAAAGUCCAGGCGAACACUCAAUUGGAUAAAGUGAAGACUCGCCUGGAGCAGCUGGACGACUUCGAAGAGGGUUCCGUGAGGCAGAUGCUGGAUCUCUCCCAGCAGGAGUACGCCCUGAGGACAGAGCAGCUGAACAACGAGCUUGUCCAAGCAUGGCAUUCAGAUCAGAGGGUAAAAGCUCUUAAAAUAGCUAUUCAGUGUGCUAAACUCCUGGUGGACACCUCCGCCAUGGCUUUUUACCCCAGUAAAUUCGUACUCAUCACUGACAUCCUUGAUAUCUUCGGCAAACUCGUCUACGAGAGGCUCAAGGUAAAGGCAGACUAUUACAAACCAGGUAGCAAAGUGCCGACGAGUCUCCCUGAGGGUUUCACCCCGGAGAUGGUCCCCGAGAAUGCCAAAGAGACCUGCAGAAAUUGGUUCUACAAGAUAGCCUCGAUCCGAGAGCUAGUGCCUCGCCUCUACGUGGAGAUGGCGAUAAUAAAAUCGUACGGUUUCCUGACGACCAGUGAAUUCACAACAGCUCUCCUCCGGAUCACCCGGAUGAUCCGGGGAAUUGGUAAUCCCCUGAUAGCGAUCUACGCCAGGUGUUACCUAUGUCGAGUGGGUGUUGCCCUGAAGAAGGACCUCGACUUCGUCAAGGAGAAUUUUUACGAUUUUUUACUGACGUAUCACCAGCUGUUCAGCCACUCGACGAAGAUGGAGUUGAGUCGCCAGGGGAUUUGCCAGUUCUCGUACUUGAAUCUUUACACACCGGCCCUCGACUGGAUCCUCCAGGUGAUGACGAGGACGACGAGAUCGGAGGAUUUUCUCGGGGAGGUCCUCACCAAGUGCAAACAGCAGGACAAUGGGGCAUUGCUUUUUAAUGCUGUCCUGGGGGCGUUUAAGCCGGAGUACGUCGCCUCCAGGUGCACGGAGUUCGUCAGGUUCAUCUCGGAGUGCAAGGAUGAUGGAUAUCCUCAGUAUAUCCUGUACAGAUCCCUCGGGGAGUGCCUCGUACAGGCGUCGCCAUCCAAGGCCUGCACCCAGGAAGUCUACGACAUCGUCUCCAGGUACAUAACGAGCCUCGGUGACCCAGUGAAAUUCAUGCACUGCACUGAGGUGUGGAUUCAGUUCGUAGUCCAUCACUUCACGACGAAGGAGAUCAACGAUUACCUGGGGGAAAUAAUUUCCCACCUCUCGGAUAAUCGCGAGUUCCAGCAUUUCUAUCCCCAGCUGCAGGGUAUAAUCGAGAGGAUAAUAUCCGGUCCCCAGGAGUUCGAGUCACUGCUGACCAUGGAGAAUUUCCUUCCCCUGGUGGAUCUCUUCCACAAGGAGCCGAUAAAAGUGGAGGUGUGCAAAGGAAUAAUCGAGAGAUUCUCGAGUCAGACUAACGCAGGACCAAUUACCGAUCCAAUAAUCAUCAACGCCUUGAUGUUCAUAGCGAGAAUAAUGCAUGACUCGGUAUCAGCCUUGACAGUCGACGACGAGAAGAGACAGAUUGGUAAUUUAAUUUGUCUCCUGGUGCAGAGGGUGGACUACGGCAGGGAUUUCGAGAAGCAGUUGAAUUUCUACGCCGAGGCCAGAGCGGCCUUUCCCAACCUGGACCCAGUGCACGUCCAGCUGGUGCAGUGUGUCAAUAGACAGGCCGUCGAGACCCGUCGAAUCGUCAGAGGACACCACACCAGGAGAACGUCAGCAUUCGUGAGGGCGUGCGCUGCAUUCUGCUUCAUAACAAUUCCAUCAUUGACUCAAGUCCAGGUGAGACUCCAGCUGUAUUUGCUCUCGGGGCAGGUGGCACUGGUGAAUCAGUGUCUGGGGCAGGCUGAUGCGUGCUUCAAGGCCGCCCUCAGUCUCGUUCCUGAGAUGGAGAAGACGGUGGACAUCGAGGGACGUGUCAGGAACACCGAGCCCUAUCUCGUGUCGUACCUGUCCAAUUUUUUGUCCACUCUUCUGGUGGUACCUGACAGUCCUGAACACGGGGUACUAUAUCUCAUGAGGGGACUCCUCAAUGUCGUCCAGAGGUGCUUCGACGAGCACAGCAGUCUCAAGUACCAGGUGUACCUCAGGGUGUUGGAUCUCCUCGCCACCGUCACCAGGGAAAAUUACCCAUAUCACAUCGACAAGGUCGACUCUAAUGACAAAUUGUAUGGGAGCGAUGAGAAAUUCAUUAAUGAAGUCAAUAAGAUCUGCACUAAAGUCCUCGAGGAGAUCAUCGAUCACCUGAAGCACCUGGGGGGAACGGAAAUCAGUGAGAAACAGGGGAAUUUCGCGAUGGAGGUAUUCGCCAGGAUUGUCAUGAGGGCUGAUCUCACGCAUCCAGCUGUUGCCAAUCUUGCUGUCAGCCUCUGGAAGAUGUCCCUGAAACAGGGUGGAGGUGAGCCCAAGGUCAGGAUGAGAACGGUCGAGUACAUGAUGAGGAAAAAGAGGGCACAGGAGUUUCACCACUUCGGGGAAAUCCUGAAGAGAAUCAGCCAAUGAGUUUCUUUGGAUUGUAUAUUUAUAUUUGUGAGCGGAGCGUUGAGCUCUCCAAAUAAAUUCACGUGGGGAUUUUUAAAGUAA